UCUUGAAACAUAACCUCUCUUUUUUGUUUAUAAUUUAAUCGAUAUAUUCAUUGUUUUUUAUUUAUUUUAAAAUAACAAUGAAGACCGUUAAAAGAAACUAAAAUAAUAUGAAUAAGGCCAGUUGUCACACAUUAUUAAAACGUUAUUUGCACACAACGACUCAAAGGUGCAAGCAUGUUGUCCCAAGUAACUUGAAGGGAAAGGGAUCUAGCUCAACGAAAUGGGUGACGAGGCAACUGAAAGAUCCCUACGUUGAGAAAGCAAAAAUUCUCAACUAUCGAUGCCGGAGCGCGUUUAAACUUUUAGAAAUCGAUGACUCGCAACAUAUACUGACUCCGGGACAUGUUGUUGUCGAUUGUGGGGCCGCUCCAGGAUCCUGGACGCAGGUAGCUGUACAGCGUGUAAACGCGGACUUAUCAACACCUCAUAAACCCAUCGGGGUCGUAAUCGCCGUAGACAAACAGCAAAUUCAUCCCAUACCGGGUGCCGUAGUGUUCGGAAAUUGCGACCUACUAAGUAAAGCUACUCAAGAUAAGGUGCAAAAUGCCCUGCACGGCAAGCAAGCCGACGCCGUUAUAUCAGAUAUGGCUCCGUCUGCGACGGGUGUUAAAGAAAUGGACGACGAGAACAUUUUAACUUUGUGUUACACAGUGCUACGUUUCGCCGUUCUUGUAAGCAAAAUUGAUGCUUCUCUGUUAAUGAAAAUGUGGCAGAGUGGAUUUACGAGCAAGUUACAAAAAGAUAUGGAACGAUUUUAUGAUAAGGUUAAAAUUAUUAAGCCAAUUUCGAGUCGAUCGGAUUCCGCAGAAAUAUUUUUAUUAGGCAAACAUUUUAAAGGCAUUAAACCAAGUUGAUGGUUUUUUUUAACUUUCGCACGUUUGUUUUAUAACAGAGGUUGCUAUUUAUUAAUGUCUGAGACUAUUUUAAUGUAAGCGAUAAAUUUGUGAAUAUGAAAUAAAUAUUGUCCACAAGCUA